AUGGCUUCACAGACCAAAACGUACAUUGUCGAACACCUCGACCCAGAGCUCGGUCCAUGGUCAGAACUGGAAUACAUGGCCAUUGCUCGUGAGUCUCAAGCGGCCGGUGCGAAAUUCUGUCUCUCUUCUCUCCCGCCCACAUUCAAGGUACCGGACAGCUUGCAAGCAUUGCCCUCCUUUACAGCAGAGACUAGAGGCGUCGAAGAGCUGUACGCGAACGACAAGGCACGCGUGUGCCUGCUUGAUCCGGCUGCCGCAAGCGAUCUCUCUCCGGAGGAUGGAGACAAGUUCGAUGUGUUUCUAUUUGGUGGAAUUCUGGGAGACGACCCUCCAAGAGAUAGAACCUCGGAGCUGCGCAAGAAAGGAUUCGAGGGUCGCCGACUUGGCCCAGUGCAAAUGACCACCGACACUGCGGUGAGAGUCACCCGCCUUGUCGUUCAGGGCAAAACGCCCCUCCACGACAUCCCCUACCUCGAUCACCCAGAACUCAAGUUCAACGAGCACGAGAGCACCCAGAUGCCUUUUCGCUACGUCAAAGGAGACGACGGAAAGCCCGUCAUGCCUGAGGGUAUGAUAGAUCUGAUUAGGAAGGAUUCCGACAAAGCAAUUGAUGAUCUGUUUUGA